CGCACGGGAGGCCGUCCUUAAAUGACCUUAGAUGUUAAUAGGACGUAAAACAAAAUAAACCAAACCAAAUUAUCAAUAAGGGGAACAUACAUGUGAAGAUUUGAGAAAGAUUCUUGAAGUACUUAAAACACGAUAUUGCUUCCUAUUCCUAAUAUUGUAAUAUGUAAUCUAAGAGUGGCUACUAUAAAUCACAGGGACAUGGCGAGGUUUUCAUAAUACAUGUACCGGAUAUAGACAUCAUUUGGAAAAUCGUGCCAAGUCCCUGUAUUAUAAAUCUCUAUUUCCGCUACAGUCUGAUUUAGAAAAUCUUAUCAAUAUCAAAAUAACAAUAUUAAAGUAUUAUUUAUUAUUUACAAACAAAUCAUGAAAUUGAAACAAUGUGUUGAAUCACGAUUCUUUCUUCGGAGAUAUAUGCAAUAUAUUGUCAGAUAAAGGUUGACAAAUGUCAGAAUGUCGGAAUGUUCGGAAUAGUCCAUCUUCCAGUUUGCUAGGGCAUAAGCGGCUUUUCUAUAAUACAAGCGACCUUGUCACGUGAUGUCCGACAUCUCCGAUGACAUGUGCAUAUGGCGGUGUUUUGAAGUUGUACGACGGCAUUAUGGUGAAGCAGUGUGCUUGGGGAACAUGCAACAGUGAUUCGCGUUACCAGGAUCGUCAUCAUAUGAAGGAUGUUGUCUUUUAUCCCAUUCCCAAACCUAAAUCUAGACGGGAAGAGAGUUCGAAGUGGGUUCAUGCAUGCAGCAGGAAGAACUUCACGGUGAAAGAUGUAAACAAACACGAAAGCUGGCCAUAGUUCGACGACUUUUCGGACAAGGAGAAGGCCCCCUUUGGUAAGGUUAGUGCAUGAAAACAACAUUAGAACUGUUAGAAGUCUGGAGGAUAAAGUCCCUACCCCGUCCAUGUUUGAAGAGGUCUGUGACAGUUUCACGUCAGCUAUGGAAAUCAAUGAAAGUCCGCCAGAUGGUGGUGAUGAUGAUGAUGAUGAUGUUAAGUUUGUAUGUUUGUAGAAUUUGUAAUUAUCUAUGACAUUUUGCAAUAAACGUAAACAUACAUCGCAAGUUAAAAAGUCUCUCUUUAUUGAGUGCUACAUAUGCAUGUACAUGCACUAUUGUAAAUAAGAAUGUAUACUCGGUACAGUAUAUAUUGCCAUGUCAAGAAGAUGACAAAAUAUGGUAUAUUAUACAUACAGUACAGAAUUUUAUUUCAGUGUAACACAUAUAUGUUACAAAAUUACAUUUAUUUGUCAUUUCAUACAUAAUAAUCAUGUUGAUAUUGAGUAAUCUGUGACCUUUAAUUUUUGGUAAAAGUAAAAAUGAACUUGAGUUUUAUAUAGGGUAUCUACUAUUUAUUUGUAGUGGAUCAGCCUAAUGGGUGGAAUUCUGCUGUACCAUUUAAUAGUGACCAUGAAUAUGCCAUGAGGGACAUUCCAAACAAAUCUGCUAUGGAUGGUGAAGUUCAGUCCGACAUAGGUAUGCAAGAUAUAUCCCAUCUUCCUGAUGGUGCCUUCCUAAAUGAAGGGGUGAUGAAAAGGACUUUGAUGAUGAGAGACAUCUUUAGAGACUAUGUUUCUUGCAAACACUAUACAGGAUUAUCUCUUCUGAUGUUUACAUUUCUUCUUAACCUAUUGCGAGAAAAAGCAGAAAAGAUGACCUAUUGGAGAAGUUCUGAGACCGCUGAAAUUAAUGGAAGACAGACUCCACGCAGAGGCCCGAAAAGAAUGUUAUCACUUAAAGAAGAGUUAGCUGUCACAUUGACGAGGCUCAGGAGAGGAAUCGACACUGUUACCCUUGGUAACAUGUUUGGCAUUUCAGAAGCUUCCCUGAGUCGCAUAGUGAUAACUUGGGUAUCGUUAAUUGCUGCUGAGCUCAAGUAUCUUAUCCGUUGGCCAAGUAGGGAGCAGAUUUCCCAUAAGUUACCUGCCUGUUUUAAGCAUUAUCCCAAAACUAGGAGCAUUAUAGAUUGCACCGAAAUAUUUGUCCAAAAACCUUCCUUGCCAUCAGCACAAAGAGUUACAUUUUCGCAAUAUAAACACCACAAUACAUUCAAAUGUUUGGUGAGUAUCACACCUACUGGUACAUUUUCUUUUAUUUCUGAGCUUUAUUCAGGAAGCAUUUCUGACAAGCGGAUUGUGGUGGAUUCCAACUUUUUGGACAAAGUGGAACGUGGAGAUGACAUUAUGGCCGAUAGAGGCUUCCUUAUCCGUGGAGAGCUAGCUCUCAGAGGUGCUACUUUGAACAUACCUCCAUUUUCUAAUGGUAAGCAAUUGUGCCCACAGGCUGUGACAAAAACAAGAAGGAUAGCUCAUGCUAGAAUCCAUGUAGAAAGAGCCAUUGGCAGACUAAAGAACUUUGAAAUUUUGCAAAAGGUCAUUCCCUUAAAGAUGAAGAAAUUAUGAACAAAAUUGUUCUAGUCUGUGCUAUACUAUGUAACUUGGAUAAACAGUUAGUUAAGUAACAAUUGCUGAUAUAAUGCUACUUUCACAUGCAUGGAUGGAUAGUAUGUAUUGCAAAAAUUGUUACACUAGUUUGCAGUUUAAAAAGAAUCAUUAUAUGUAUUUCAACUGCUCAUACAUUUUAAUCCAUGAGUGAAGUCUGUUACUUUAUCAAGUAAUAAGUCAUACAAUGAUUUAUGCUGUUGUACAAGGUAAAAAAAUCUAUGUUUUUAUAUAGGAAUACAUGAUAGGUUGUUUUACAGAAGGAUACUAAGUACAAUUGUUCAUAUAAGAUUGUUUUGAAGGUUGAAACUAAAUGUAAAUACACUAGCGUGUAUACUUUAUGUCAGAGAUUAUUUGAAAUUAUUUUUUGUUAAUUUAUAUGUCAUAACAUUGAAUAGUACUGUACAUACAUGGUACAUGACUGCAUUUUGAAUUCAUUCUUGUCCUAUUAUAGGAUAUUGGACAUAUGAUCAGACCAACAGCGAUUGGUUAGGCAAUAAGUGUAAAAAGGUUCUAUUUUUUUCAUUGCUGUCAAAAAUAGUGUUAAACACUCAGCAUCAAAAUCAGUCUCUUCAUUAAACAAUUUUUAAAAUAAUACUUCAUUUUUUCAAUCAUAUCUGCAAUAAAAUCUGCAUCAAACUCAAUAUCCUCUACAACAUGAAUACCAUGCUUAGUAUAUAUAACUAGAUCAGCUGAUGUGUAACCAUAAAUUCCCAUUUGACCUUGGAUUUGGUGAUAGUAUUCUGAUUGGGAUGUCAGCUUGUAAGAUCCAUUCACCAAUACACAACCUUUACAAAGUGCAACUUCCUUAGGAAGUUUGUUUUUUAGGCUGAAUGGACAUUUAACUUCCACAAUUUUAGGUGAAUUGUGGCAACACUUACAAAAAGAUAGACUGUCAACACUACAUCCAACAAAUGGCAAAUCUCCAAAUAUUCUAAGUCCCCGUUUUUCUAACCUAAAGUGUUUAUGUUUUUUGUACAUGACCCUCUUGUACAAGUCCAGAGCACUUUUUUCCUUCUUUCUCCCCCACAACAAAGGUGCAGAUUCAACAUCCCCAUACUCUCCCAAUAAUUGCUUCUGAAGUGAUUCUGGGUUUCUGUUCAUAUUUACAGCUGAACACACCUUACAAAAGUUAGAUGCAGUAAUUCUGCCUUUUCUCAUAUUACUCCAAUUUUGAUUUGCAGACUGACCUUGCGUGAUUGAUUCUCCAUAUGAAAUAUCAUCUGCAGACAUAUCAUCUCUAAGGUUUUCAAUAGUUCUUUUGGCCAACUGAAUGAAUGUUAUCCUCAGAAAUAAUAUCACUGGUAACAUUUGGCAUUUCAUUGAAAUAUUUGUCACAUAGAUUAGUCAUGUAAAAUUGCUUGCAUUUCUCAUCCAGUUCAGAAGAUUGUUGUUUUCAUCAAAUUGAGUCUCAAGCACAUCAAGAACCUGAAUAUUUGAUGAUAUCUGAAAUACGAGGAGUGUAGCACACAUUAAAGCAUAUCACCCAUAUGUUUCUGCAUGUACAUGUACAGUUUAACUUGUCUAAACAGGCCCUUUUUUAGUUGGAAUCCCUGUCAUUUCCUUCUGGACUUAUAUCAUGUCUGCAAACCAGACAUCAGUGUAAAACAAUAUACCAGUACAGAAUGUUUUGGUCCGAGUUGUGUAACUUCUGGUUAAAACUCAUUACACUUUAUAUAAAAUUAUAUUAUACCUAUACCAAAGCUGUAAAUUGUUAUUUUGAACUGCUCUAAUUUUUUAUUAAGGAAAAUACAGUUUUCUGCAUUGAAUAUGAUUUGUAGAUUAAAAAAUCAGUGAAUUAUAUGUAAGAACCUUUUUUAAAGAAUCGCACAAAUCAUUCAGUUUUUGGUCAUCUGGCUCAUCAGUAUUUGCCCUCGGAUCAAAAUUUUCUAGUCGACUCUUGUUUGAUGGAAUCUCAUCGGCAGAAACAUAUCUGAAGGAAAAUUAUUUGUAUAUAUGUAAAAUUUGUUGAGAAUGUUGUGGUAUUUAAUGUGUAAAUUUGCUCUUGCAAUUUUCAAACUUGAUUUGUAUCCAUGAUGCAGUAUCAUCAGUAAUCUUUAAUGCAAAGUUUGCUUUUAAACUCUUGUUAAAAAAUAACUGUUUAUUUUUAUAGUUUGCAUUUUUUUAUAGGUCAUGAAUACUUUCAUGUUUAUCACUUUGCUACAUGUAUAACAGGCAAGAUAUGUACUUAUGUCAAACAUCAGUUCUAUAUUAUCUGUUAAGAGAAACAUGAUGCACAUACUUUGCCUUGACAACUUUGAGUCUCUUAAUUGGAACUGGACAAUCAUGCUGCAUAGGUCGUUUUUUCCACUGAUUUUCUCCAUCAGUGCAUGACUUUUGUUCAAAUGCUUCCAUCUCAUAAAGAACUGCACCUAUAUGCCGGCAUGCUCCAUCAGCCCUAAACAGUAAGGUAGCUUGUUUUGGUCUUAAAAUGAACCUGUAUGUCUUAAUAUAUGUUGUUUUAUUGUUAUUUACAUUGUAUGAUGAUACUGUUCCAAACUUUGAUUAUAUUUAACAAGAGAGGAAGAAUUAAGGCCGUUAUUGUUUAAAAAGUGUUGGUUACUGCAAUAAAUAUUCCUUUAAGA